AUGAAAGGCUUCGAGCAAUCAAGGCGCGAUGAUCUCGAGUUUCUCGGCUAUGUAUGGCUCUAUUUACUAAGAGGUUCAUUACCAUGGGAAGGGCUUCCUUCCAAAACAUCCAAGCAGAAAUACCAAGUAAUUUUGGACGUAAAAAUGCAAACAUCUCCUGAAGAGUUAUGCUAUGGUUUUCCAAAUGAAUUCGUAGAGUACUUCCAGAAAAUACGCGAAUUGGAGUUCGAAAAUGAACCAGAUUACGCUUCUUACAGAAAAUUAUUCUGUGACCAUAUACUUAUGACUACGUCUAUGAUUGGACAAAGGAAACAGCACCUCCAAUCAAAGUUCCUAUUCGUCCUCCCAUCGAAAUACCUCGACAAGCGUAUACACAGCCCGCAACACCAAAACACUCGCCUAGCCAGCCCGAGCAACUUCCUCCUCCGAUUAUUACACCGAUGGUUGAAGAUAGUCUACUUCCUACGCUGA